GCUCUAGCCGCGCGCAGCUGACUUCACUCCCCAAUGCCCCCUGAACGCCGACACAAACGAGAAUGAGGAAGCGAGAGGGAGGAAAACAUGGCAGUAUUGACUAUCGAUAUUCCUUUUUUUUCCGCUGUCACAAAACGACAAUAUAAAUACCCCUAAACAAUACUCCCAGAGUCCCCCAAGCCCCCAAUAAUCCCCGAAAACUCAUCAAAGCCCACCUAAACAAAGCUAAACCCAAGUGCUGAACAAUCAGAGGUAAACUAACGGUCAUAUGACAAUUAACGCCAUUCACCCUGGCCCCGAAAAAUCGAGAAAAAAGGUGAUGCAUUGUGUAAUGGUGUGUGUCGGUUCCAAGCAUUCCCUGAAUUACAUCGUCGACUAUUGAGUGUCGUCGUCCAACCCCUGGGGUCGACACAAUUCAUAAAAAAGUCAUCAACGCGAGUGCGGCUGUACCCGUCCGUAAACAGGGGCUCAUUGAAGGCCAAAGGACACUGGAUGAAUAAAAAUGUGUCAGAUACACAGACUAUGUCUAAAUGAUUUGUUUGGUUUGAGACUGGUCUGGCUUGUGUGUGUGCAUUGUUGUCAAACUAUUAAAAUCAUCCAGUAAUUAAUCUCGGGGACAAUAACAAGUCGAGUUACAAUUAAAAACGAAUUAAACAAUAUCAUUAGGAGUGAAUUAUUCUCUAGCCUUUUUUUUCUGCAUCGUAAGGACUGAAUACUGUAUUUAAUUUCCGCAAGUCUUCUUCGCUCGUGAUAAGUACGUGUCGUGUUGUUGUCAGGGAGUAAUUCAAUAAGAGAAGAAUGUAUACGUAUGUGUUGCGGAUAAUAUUCACUCGAUAACAUGCAAUCGUUAACUCAUUUUUGUGAUGUGCGUGAAGAUGGAAUGCCUGUUUUAUCAGUGUUUACUGCGGUGAGGAAGUGAAUUCGUACGAAUCGAGGGGGAGUUAUUAAUUAUCGAAACUUCUAUGAGUUGGGGGUGAGCAAUUUAGACGGGUCUUUAUUGGUUUUUGACGUGAGGAUUUGGGAUAAUCGCAGGAUGGUUAUUCGAUCUGACGGUGAUGGCACUGAAAGUCCAAUCCUUGUGGAACAAUCAUCGGAUACCGUUGAUCAGCCCCACAGUCCUACUGCGAAACAUAAUCACAGUCGUCCUUAUGUCAAUACAUCUCAUGGGAGCAAUAGCCAUCAUAAUCAUGAGAAGUCGAAGAGUCUUACUAAGUAUGGGGAGCUCGUUAUUCUAGGAUACAAUGGAUUUCUUCCACCUGGUGAUCGUGGUCGUCGUAGAAGUAAAUUCGUAUUAUACAAAAGACCAACUCCAAACGGGGUAAAGAGGAGUAAACAUUAUGUCGUUAAAACUCCUCACAACUCCCAGGCUGUUUUGAAUGCAAAGCAGCACUCAAUAUCGUAUACAUUAUCGAGAACACAGGCUGUCAUUGUUGAGUACACUGAGGAUGACAGUACUGAUAUGUUUCAAAUUGGCCGGUCAUCGGAGCCGCCAAUUGAUUUUGUCGUCAUGGACACUUAUCCAGCGAGUGAGAAUGGCCCUGGUAAUGAGAGUCGCAUGGCUCAAAGUACAAUAAGUAGAUUUGCUUGUCGUAUAUUGACUGAUAGACAUAAUCCGAAGAUUACGAGAAUUUAUGCUGCUGGUUUUGAUAGCUCCAGAAAUAUUUUUUUAGGGGAGAAAGCAACAAAAUGGCAAGAGAAUAGGGAAAUUGACGGUCUAACAACAAAUGGCAUUCUGAUAAUGCACCCACGAGGUCAAUUUUGUGGGGGUGAGGCCCAGUGUGGCUCUUGGCGUGAGAUAAGUGUCGGCGGAGGGGUGUUUUCCCUCAGGGAGAGUCGAAGUGCACAGCAGAAGGGUAACGUUGUCGAGGAAGAGGACAAUGUGUUGCAGGAUGGCACAUUGAUCGAUUUGUGUGGAGCCACUCUCCUCUGGCGAUCUGCUGAGGGUCUAGCCAAGUCUCCAACGAAACACGAUUUAGAGGAAUUGGUAGAUGCAAUAAAUGCAGGACGCCCCCAGUGUCCAGUGGGCCUGAAUACCCUAGUUAUACCGAGAAAACCAGUGUCAGACUCGGCCCAACAACAGCCAUACGUUUAUCUCAAGUGUGGACAUGUUCAAGGUUAUCAUGAUUGGGGACAGGAGAAGGACAAGGCAACGAGACGAUGUCCAAUGUGUUUGGUAGCUGGACCAAUUGUCAAACUCUGUAUGGGGAUUGAGCCUGCAUUUUACGUGGAUCGAGGCCCUCCAACGUAUGCCUUCAACCCUUGUGGCCAUAUGGCAACAGAAAAAACUGUCAAAUACUGGGAAAAAGUUGCAAUUCCUCAUGGUACAAACGGCUACAUAGCAAUCUGCCCCUUCUGCGCAGUGCCCCUCGAAGGGACCCCCGGCUACGUGAGACUAAUAUUCCAAGACAACGUAGAUUAAUAAAUUAUAAAUUUUGCAAAAAUUACCACUACCAGACUGCUGACGAAAGAAAAACAAAAGAAGCGAUAUAAACAAAACCUGUAUUGUAAACAAUUUCUCACUCAUUGUAAUUUUUUUAUACACUCCAAUACGUAUUGAUUCCCGAAUAAACCGAGAAAAUAUGUAAUACUUUCCAACUAAUGAAAAGACCAGGCAGGAGCAAAGAAAUAGAAAAGUAAUCUCAAGUUACAAAAUUCACGAUUCAUUCAAAUGUUCCAUUAAAAAAUAACCUAGAUGUAUCAAA